GUGAGAUUAGCGAAUAUAAAUAGGCGUGCUUUGCGCUCCUCUUUACAGUGGAGAGAGAAAAUUAGAAAAAACUACCCAAAUCUUCACAUAACGACUAUUCUUCUCCUUCCUUCUCCUUCUUCUUCCCAGCCUAGACAGAAUACCCCUCCAACUAACUACCGUGUAUCAUCCUAUUUUCCAGACACACCUGCUAAGAAGAGAGAGAAUCUCUCUGAUUUACCAGCUCUAUUACAACCCGUUUCGAGGAGAGAGAAAAUUUUCUGAAGAACUUCGAUUUUGAUCAUGGAGUGGCCUGCUUGUUUGAAUGAAUUUGAGAAGCUUCUUCUCCGUAUGGAUACUCCUAGAGUUGCAAUUGACAAUGCUGUUUGCCCUAAUUCCACCCUGGUUAAGGUUGAUAGCGCUAGAAAACAUGGGAUUCUAUUAGAAGCAGUUCAAGUGAUUACAGAUCUUAAUCUUUCAAUUAAGAAAGCUUACAUAUCUUCCGAUGGCAGAUGGUUCAUGGAUGUUUUCCAUGUAACUGAUCUUAAUGGAAACAAAUUGAAAGAUGAGAGCGUUAUUAGCUACAUGGAACAGUCAUUGGGCAGUAUCCAAUUCACAAGAUCCUGUGAGUAUAAGGGUGUUACAGCUCUUGAACUUACCGGUACAGAUAGAAUAGGCCUGUUGUCGGAGGUGUUUGCUGUAUUAGCCGAUUUGAAUUGCACAGUGAUGGAUGCUAAAGUAUGGACUCAUAAUGGAAGAAUUGCAUCCCUUAUUUAUGUUAAAGAUUGUGAUUCCGGGUGCCAAAUUGAAGACUCUCACAGAAUAAGGAGGAUUGAGUCGAGGUUAAGGCCAGUUCUUAAAGGGGACAAUGAUAUUAGGAGUGCAAAGACUACUGUCUCGAUGACAGUCACUCAUACUGAGCGAAGACUUCAUCAAAUGAUGUUUGAUGAUCGUGAUUAUGAGCGAACCCCAUCGACAAGUUACGAUGCACCAGAUGUUAGUGUCCAAAACUGGAACGAGAGAGGGUACUCUGUUGUGAACAUUCAAUGCAAAGAUCGGCCUAAGAUUUUGUUUGAUGUUGUUUGUACGUUGACGGAUAUGGAGUAUGUUGUUUUUCAUGCCACCAUCAACACUCAAGGGAGCCGAGCUUAUCUGGAAUUUUACAUUAGGCAUACAGAUGGAACUCCAAUUAGCUCUGAUGCUGAAAAACAACGGGUUGUUCAGUGUUUACAGGCUUCUAUUCGAAGGAGAGCAUCUCAGGUUGCAAGGCUAGAACUAUACGCUGAAGAUCGUCCAAGUCUACUAGCAGAUGUAACAAGAACAUUCAGAGAGAAUGGGCUAAACGUGGCCAGGGCAGAGAUCUCCACAACGGAGAAUAAGGCCUUAAACAUCUUUUACGUGACAGAUGCAGAAGGAUACAGUCCGGAUUCAAAAACAAUCGAUGCAGUGAUUGAGAAAAUCGGGGUGAGUAAUUUGAAGGUGAAGGAGUUGCCUUUGAUCUAUCAUCAGAAUGCAGAAAGGAAAGAGGCAGUUGGUGCCGGCGGGGCAAUGUUGCUAUCACUUGGCAGCUUAGUGAGGAAGAAUCUAUACAACUUGGGACUCAUCAGAUCAUAUUCUUAAAGCUAACGCAAAGGCAUAUAUAUUUGCUGUAUGGAAAGUGAUCGAUAAUCGGAAAUCGGAAUCGGAAAUGCCUAUCCCCUUACGGCCUUACCUUUGGCAUAUACCUUGCUUCUGGUUUGGGGUAAUUAGUCACUAGUUUGUACAUAAAGGUGGAAGUUUAAUUAGUAUUAAUUAAUUAGAAUUAGUAGUACUAUUUAGAUUUUAGGCCGGAUUUGGUUAGUAGUAAGUAGUUGGCAAACAUGUUAGUGUGGGGUCACCGGACCAUUUCAAAAGGGUAUGUAAUACUCCAUAUGUAUGGUGUUUGAAAGGAAAGAGGUUGAAAAAGGAGGGAAAUGAAGUUGGGAAAAUUGGGGGGGAAAUAGAAAUUAAUUAAAAAGAAUAGUUGGUCAAAUUGCUUGAAAUUAGGUUUUGGAGGGACAAAUUGGAUUCAUACAACAUGAUUAUCUAUCUUUUGUAUAGAAAAAAGAAUGGGUUUGUUUAGUUGAAUUGGUUGACUAGUUUAAUCCGACAAAUUGACUUCAAUUC